AUGAACACUCUAAUAGCGCUCGGUGUCAUUUAUCUGGCCUUACUAGUGUCAUUGAAUCUUCUACUAGGGACGAAAGGCUCUCUCGGCUGGAUAUCAUGGAAUUCUAUCCAUAGGUUUACAUAUCACACCCGACGGUUCCGUAUCUCACUCGACAAACUCCAGCUGAAGGUCAAUCCAAUGGGAGCUUUCUACCGUGAACCAAUACUCACGGUUGUGCUGAGUGGCGCAGAUAUUUACAGAUUACGCGAGGACAUGAAAAGCGAACCGGCCCGGUCUUCGAGCCGAAAGACCAAUAGGCGCGUUCUCAAGCUUUUGGGGCGUCUCCCGUUGGCCAUUGAACUGCAAAAUGUUCAGUAUACUGACCGGGUGCUGAUAGAAGUAGAAUGCGCGAAGGCUCAGAUUAUGUCCAACGCUCUGCAAUUUUCCUCCGGCUCCGUCAAAAUCGGCCAGAGAAAGGUGAUCAACAGGGUUCUUGGCUCGGUUUCCCUUGACGACUACACUGUGACUUUGAACGUGAAAAAUGUGACACUUGACGUCGACGAACUAGAGCGUUUUAUACCGAAGUCGAACAAGCACGCUAAAUCGGAAGAGCUUCCGUCGCAGCCACUGGCCCUGCCUUUCAGACGAAUUUCUAUGGAGUGUGAAAAUGCUUCCCUUACCAAAGACAACUACUGCCUAUUCCUUGAAACGGUCACUUUUGCACUGGGGAAGUUGGACGAGGAAGAGAUUACAAACAUGAAUUUCCUAGACCAACACAUCUACGAGGUUCUCUUUGGAAUCAGCAACUUUAAGCUUACCCAAAUGGAGACAAAUAAGAUGUUACUAUUCCUUCCAUUUUUGAAUAUACUUUCUCUGUGCAAUCUCCGGGAUAUUUUGGAGAUCCAGAAAAAUAAAGACGACAAGGAAUUCAUUGAUCGUUUUGCUGCAACAAGGAGAUUUUUGUUCAAAACCACAGUGUCAGCCACCAAUCUAGUUUUAAACUCGGAUGUAAAUGACCUAGUGAAGUCAGACCGCAAAAAUGGGACAAGGCCCAAAAAGACAAUCGAGAUUCCGAGCUAUUUACAAAACCUGCUUCCCAAAAUUAAGAUUCGAAUACAGCUUAUGAGCUCCGUUGUGAAUAUAGCAGUGGCAGAAGAACUCACAGUCAAGGCACGGGUCGAGGACAUUGCCUUUGAUACGUCGCUAGCAAACACAUACGAUUCCUUGUUCAGCGGCGUGUCUGGCUCCGUUCAUAAAAUGAUUGGCUUCCUUAUACGCAACAUACAAUUCUCGUUUGUGGAGCCAGAUAAAACGUCCAAGUUCUUCUACCUUGACCACAUAAGUGCCACUGUGUCAUUUGGAACACGAAAGGGCUGUCUCUUUGGCCAAACGGACAUUCUUGUGGGCACCGUUGAAGUCCUAUUGGCGGAGCUUAGCGCAUUCCAGAAAUUGUACGCGCAUAAGAUAGAUAUCGGACGAGACCCUGAUGCUAAUUCACACUCAUCGUCUGAGGGAGGAAAUUCAUUAAUAGAGCGCAUCUCUCUCAAAGUUCAGCACAUGAAAUUUGUUUCCUGUUUUGAGACCCCCGUGAAGUACUACAACGGAGUAGAUCAGUCUGAGAUGAAUAGAUACAAGAGAGGCGUUUUCGUUGAGGCGUCAGAGUUGGAAGUGGAGAUGGACCUGGUGAUGAAGAAGCUGGAUGUGGAGCUUCAGUUUUUCAAGGCGAAGCUGGUGAAGGACUACGACACGGAGCAGUACAGCGGGGAGCUAGAGGAAUUUAUAAACAUCGAGAACCCUCAUCUGAAGUACUUUAAAGACAAGCAUCAGCUCUCUCUCUCGCUUCCUUUGGUCGAUACAGAAUUGUCUGCAGAAGUUUUGUGGUCGGUGCUUUUCGUCAAAACAAUACUGACUUCCGUGAUACCGUCUUUGCCUAAGAGGAAAAAGGUUUCUACCCAACCACCAUUGAAAUACCUAUUUGGAAUUCAGCUUUUCAUGAUGAAAAUCCGGCUUCCAAACGACAUUGAUCUUGUACUUGAAUUGGACCGCAUGGAGGCCUUAUCGACCGUCGAAGACGACUGCCACGCGCGCUUCAGAGCACUGAGACUAUAUGGCAGAAGUCCAUACGCCUCCCAGACCUGGAGCCUUAUAUUUAUUUUGUCUGAUGCUAACACAACGAUUCGCAUCAACUCUCAAGCCGAACAUCUCGCAGUAAUCAACUCCCGCUCAGUGAGAUUUGAGAUUCCAUUCGAGUAUGUCUUUUUCGAAACCUUCGAUAACUUUAGAGCACUGACCAAGGCCAUCACGAAAAUGGAAGCCAACUUCCGACACCUUAUGUCUACUCCAGAAUCUGAGUUGGAUUUCAACGUGCCUAUUCUUAUGCCUAGCAAGGUUGAAAGUCCAUUCAAAUUCCCCAGCGUUCGCCUAAACGCUAAGCAAUUUCAAUUCUGCAUGCACGAUGAUCCAUUCGAGGCUGAGCUCCAUCAGUGUUUCCUACUUGGACGGAUUGAACAAAUGAUGCGUAACACCAAACUGGCGACUUUCGAAAAAUACGAGAAACAGAUUAGAGAAAAGCUGCAGAGGGAAUAUACUGCCUUGACAUUUGUGAAUGGCGAGCCCCUGAAGCCCACAAACUUUAAUUCCAACUCAACUGGCAAAGUUCAGCACACGCAUGUAAGCUCGCAACUUGCCAACGAAGUGUUUAGUGACGACAUCGAACAGUAUAAUGAAUACCUCAAGAAAGUGAAGGAGCUGAUCGAGCUGCCAAGACUGCGGCUGUUGAGCAACCUCAGCAAGUCUUGGAUCUUCAGAGUCAAGGAACACAGGGAAGUAAGCGAGUCUGCCCACCUUAAGCGUCUCUCUUCGAUCAGGGGAGGUGAAGACCCGCCUGUCUCUGCCAAAUUCAUGGAAAAGUAUCCGGUGAUCACGGCGUGCUCUGCAGCACCCCUUUUUUCCUUUGAGUUGGCCAAUCUGCGCUGGGACCUUUCGGAGCCUUCAUUCGGGCUCGAAAACUACAAGCACUUUCUGCACAAGGUGGGACAAGGGAUGCCGUACGAUAUGGAGUAUGGUAUUUUGUUCCCUGUUAACAUGCAUAUUACCUGUUCGCGUCUGACGAUUCAGCUCAAAGACUAUCCAAUCCCGUUUAUUUCGUUUGGUGGUGGUGACGAAGACACUCCGCAGACGGUGUCAUUCAAGGGUGACUUCGUUAUUGCUGAGCAGAUGUACGUUGCCGAGGAGCUGCGGUACAAUUUUGUUCCCUUUGUGUCGCAGUACAAUGACCCUAAGUGUACAGAUAACAUGUUUGCCUCGCAUGUUUCGAGGACCAUGACGAACGUCAAAUUCUUCACAGACAUGAGAGUACACGUCAACUCCUCGAAAAAUGUCAUCGUUUCAUGGUACUCUGCGAUCCAGCCGGCAUUGCUGUACGCGAUGGACAGUUUCGAUGUUUUAUCCAAGCCUCCUCUCGACCCAAGUCCAAAACUGGGAUUCUGGGAUAAGUUUGCGCUGUUGUUGCACGCUAAUUUCCAUUUCACGUUCACGAACGGCAUCCAUCUAUUCAUAAAAAGCCAGAACUCGCCCUACGAUCUUAUGGGCCAAGGAGCCGGGUUUGUGUUCAGAUGGAAGGAUAAAGUGGACCUCAAGAUCAACGGCACCGGCCGGUCCGAUGAGUUGCUCGUUGUUGAGAGUAAGGAGUUCGACGUGGUGAUUCCUCGGUUCAGUCGCAGCAACCUGACGUAUCUGCUGGACGACAAAAACCCCUACGAGCUCGAUUACAUUACUGAGAAGAAGGUCUGGAAGUUGUCGAGUCAGCCGGUCGUUUGGAAACUGGGAUUUCUCUUCGAACGCAACGAGAGUGCUGUCGGAAAAUACGUCCCCGGUCAGGUCAAGCGGACCAGCAAGUUCAAACCUCAUUACCAAGUCCGCCUUCGCAACCCGUCUACCUUCACAAACGAUAAAGAACUGGAGUCUUGGGACUCCUAUGAAGGCUUCCGAAGCCAUUACAUCCAUAUGUGCGUUUCCUUAGAAUCAAGCUCAUCCGAGGCAAAUUCCUAUAACAGCAUCCAUCUUACUCCGCUUGCGUUUUCGCACUUUUUCACAUGGUGGAAUACGUUCCGGAGUAGCUUGGGCCUGCCUAUCAAGCACGGAAAAAUGUUCAAGAACAAGUUUUUGGAUUACAGGCCGUCUCCGAAGUUUGGCAAGCAUCUGUUUUCCAUUAGCUACUCGCUCAAGCUCAAGCCGCUAUACCUGACUCACGUCUACAUUCACCCUACUGACAUCCGAGCCAACAGUAACCUGGCAUUCACAGGACUCAAAUGUUCCAUUGAAAGCUUUGGACUGGAUCUCCACCAACUCAAGUGUCCGACCAGUACUUCUGAAAAUCCCGACUUUAGUCUCCAGUUCAAUCAAGGUGAAGUGGAUUUUGUCAAUACCGACUUACGGCUGCUGGUGGCCGAAUUUAACGAGCGCAGUGCAGUUGGUAUGCUUGCACGUGAAAUAGGUAUCACAGAAUCCAGUUCCUUCAUGGAUGUGACGAGCUCCUCUGUGAGCGAGAGACCCGCCGCGGAGGAUGUGGUGUGGUUUGAUAUGGACGACUUUGUUGAGGUGGACACGCCCAAGAUCAAGCCAAGGAAUCCUCAGUGGAAAGCGACGCCGCUGGCAUCAUCGACUCGUUUUUGCUACUUCCUUCAGGAAAAAGAGCCAGAACUGCAAUACACUUUUGCCGCUAUUCAGGAACGGACACACAACUGUUUCGUUGGUAGGAAUCAUCCCGAAAGGACACCGUUUGCUGUUGCUAACAAGCGCGCGGCAGAACUCAAGGAACAGAUCAAAACGCAUGAGACGUCCUUGGGGUCUUUACAGAGCAAUCCAGACAAAAGCCAGUCCAUUGCCAAGCGCAUAGAGGAGCUGGAACAGGAAAUCAAAGAUCUGAACACUCGUCUACACGUGACUCGUUGUUUAAGAGACAGCUUUGAGGCCGGCAUGAUCCCAGACUAUGACGAGUUUCUCGACGAAAACGAGGGCUCCGACGUGGAAACGUCGUACACUGUUUCCAGGGUGAAUUCCAAAAUAUCUCGCAGAUCCUGCAAUCCGACUGUGAGAAGCACUGCUCCUUCGUCUCCACCGGCGUCGUCGUUCAGAAACCGAUUCAUCAUUUACCAUGUGGUUUUCAGAUGGAGCUCGCAUACCAAGAAGAAGUUUGCGAGCUACAUUGAUAACGUGUCUGAAAGAAAAUCGCUGGUCUUUAACUUGAGUCGCAGAGCUAUCAAGCUUGCUGAGGAGCUGUACGAAAGUCAGAGUCUGCCGCGCAAGGCGGGAAGGUUUGACGACCGCGAGUCGCUGGACAUGGAAUCGUGUCCGAACUUCUACAACUUCGAACGCAAGCUGAGAGAGUCGGAUGAAUUGGAAGAUGUGGACUUUGAUGAUACGUACCUGCUCAAAUUUAUUCUUCCGCAGCUCUGUUUUGACACGGAGAUGAACAGUGCAGUGCUUGUUACGUCGAAGGAGAUCACAGUGAGCUCGAUAUCUGUCGAUUUCAAGCAGCACGACGACGAAGAAAGCAUUCCUAUUGAGAGCAGAAAUGGAAUCAUUCUGCGGGAUGCAUUUUUCUACGUUCUGGACAAGGACAAGACUCUGAGUGGACAUUACAAACUGUUCUGGGCUCAGUCGACUUGGCCUCCACAGCUGCCUGUGGAAAUGUACUACUGCUCCAACUUGUUGGCCAACACAAUUGUCAUCUGGAACGUGUCCAUGGGGUCGAUCUUUAUUAAACCUAACAAGCUCAGAUACAUGAAAACUGAUCAGUGCAACGUGACGAAAUUUAGAGAGCUGAUCCAGGUAAUGGCACCAGAAAUUGUGGUUACCGCUAACAGUCAACAAUACAACGUGAUUUACAAUCUGGCCAUGAGUUUUAUGGACUCCAACAUGACUGAAAAGCAAAAGAUGAAAGAGAAGAUCAAGAGCCUUGUGAAGUUCUCCGUUUCUGAGGACUUUGGCGACAUCAAGUUCCGCAUGUUCGAUUUGCAGCAGAAAGCGUGGCUGUUAAGCGAUUGUAAGAAAUUCAUGUUGAUGAUGCAAGGAAAUGCCCCAGACCAAGAUGACGUCCUACAAAUUGAGGUUGAGCUUGAAAAAAUCUAUCUUGAGCUCGGAAUGCUUGUCUCUUAUCUCCAGCACACAAAGGCCAUGAAAUACAACGACUCGUACGAAGAACGGCAGUGGGUACUGAAUGCGGAUAAUGUUCGACUAGAGCUUCUCGAUAGCGAUGAUAAGAAAUUUAUCAUCGUGGAAGCCAAGCAGUCUUGCUACCAGACGGAGCAAAGGCCCGACGGAGCAAGCAGAAACAGGGUGCUUAUCCAGGAUUUUGUCGCUGAGGACCUUCAACCGCACACGAAGUACAAAACCAUUGUUGAAAAAAUCCACAAAGAAGGCUCUUCAGACAUGCCUAUGGUGUUUGUGGACUGGACAAUGCUAGAGGCUGUUGGAGGCAUACCUGUUGUUGAACACAAGUCGAUCACGUUUGCUCCACUGAAAAUCGAGGUUGAUUUUAAAACGGCUGUGGAAAUUUACAAGUUCGUGUAUCCGAAACAGGUUUCAGACCUUGACACGGAGUCGAGCGACGACGAGUCGUCGUCUAUAGUGGAUUCGGUUAGCGCCGAAACUCCGUCUUCGCGAACGAGUUUUGAUUCAUCAAGCUCCAUCUUCUCUGACCGCUCAGCAAAUGGUGAGGGAAAACUCAAAAAAAUGGGUCGGAUGCUGUCAAAGAGAAAACAUGACCGACAAGGAAGCCCAACCUCUACUACGUCUGAAUUUAGCUCGAUCCACUUUUUGGGCCACAAAAACAACGAAAACGCAGACGAAAAGCAGUACAUUAGCCAGAUGGUGGAAAGAUCAAAGAAGUACCAGCUUCUCAAUAGAAUCACCAUCGAUCCGCUACAUCUGGUACUUAGCUUUAAGGGUCAAGGGUCGUACAAAGUGGUGGAUGUCCACAGACUUGAGCUAGAGAUUCCUAAAGUUGAAUAUACCAACAAGAUGUGGUCUCAGGAAGACUUCUUCCAGCGCUUCAAAAAAGAUGUUGUGCGACACAUCCUCAAGAAUACGGGAAAAAUCAUGGCGAAUAAAAUCACCAAACGACAGAAAAGGAGCAAGCUUCAGCAGCUACUGAGCUACAAAGUCGACCUGCAGAGCGAAUUGAGCCGCCGAACCUCUGUUUCGUCUUCUACUCCGAAGUUGCAUUCGCACUUGCACCGACACAAAGACCAUUUUGGACACUACGAGGACCCAGAUGUGCUCGAGCCGCGGCGACACGAGCGGCCGUUGAUUGACGAAACUGUAGGGUCGGAAAUCCAAAACUUUGAGCCGCUCGAGGAAAUUUCUGAGGAGUCUGUAUAA